AACCGCCUUACCGCAAUGGUUAAACUUAUCAAGUCUACCAUGAAGGGGUUGAAGUCGAAUUCUACCUCUACAAAAAUGCCACCAUUCCCACAAGAGGGGCAGACGUUGCCCGAAGAGGACAAGAUGGACAGCGAGGCGGGAGUAGGUUUUUCGCCUCGGCCGGCUGAGGAAUCCAUGUCCAAUCCGGCCGAAUCCGUUUUGCAAGAGGCCAAGGAGAAGUACCCGUUAUAUCAUUUCGACCAUAAGUUACACGUGCAGGAAAGGUUGAACAGAAGUGAAGGAGUAUUGGCGGAAUCCACAACUUCAUCUACAACGACGAAUGAACCUUCCACGACCGUACUAUCAGCUAAAGGAGAACUCGAAGAGAUUAUAAAAAAGGCGGAGGACAUGUCUGGAAUACCCGACUGGGGUAUUGUCACGAUAGUUAUAGUUGUUGCCGCGAUAAUCAUCGGAAUAUGCUUUUGCUGCAUUAGGCGAUGUUUCCGAAAGAGACGCGCAAAAGGCGAUAAGAAAGGUAUGAAGGGGGUCGAUUUAAAAUCGGUACAACUACUCGGAUCUUCCUACAAAGAAAAGGUUCAACCGGAUAUGGACGAAUUAACCGAAAACGCCGAGGAGCCCGACGAAGGCGAGAAACCCGUCGAACAAAAGCUGGGAAAAUUGCAGUACAAGCUUGAAUACGACUUCAAUCAGAAUUCGUUAUCGGUAACGGUCAUUCAGGCCGAAGAACUUCCUGCACUUGAUAUGGGCGGCACAUCCGACCCAUACGUCAAAGUCUACCUGCUUCCAGAUAAGAAAAAGAAAUUCGAAACUAAAGUACAUAGAAAAACGUUAAAUCCAGUCUUCAACGAGACUUUCGUCUUCAAAGGAAUACCGUACGCGGAGGCGAUGAAUAAAACCCUGGUGUUUGCCAUUUUCGACUUCGAUCGUUUCUCCAAGCACGACCAGAUCGGCGAAGUGAAGGUUCCUCUUUGCCAAAUCGAUUUAGCACAAACGAUAGAAGAGUGGCGCGAGCUGCAGAGCGUCGAAGGAGAAGGUGGUCAGGAUAACAAGUUGGGAGAUAUUUGCUUCUCCUUACGCUACGUUCCGACAGCUGGGAAGCUGACCGUUGUUAUAUUGGAGGCUAAGAAUCUGAAAAAGAUGGACGUCGGCGGGUUAUCCGAUCCUUACGUAAAAAUAGCACUGAUGCAGAACGGCAAGCGGCUUAAGAAGAAGAAAACGAGUAUUAAGAAGUGCACGUUGAAUCCUUAUUACAAUGAAUCCUUUACGUUUGAAGUGCCAUUCGAACAGAUACAAAAAGUAAACUUAGUGGUAACAGUGGUAGAUUACGAUAGAAUUGGUACGUCUGAACCUAUUGGUAAAGUGGUUUUGGGUUACAAUGCGAGCGGGACGGAAUUACGUCAUUGGUCAGAUAUGCUGGCAUCUCCUCGCCGACCAAUCGCUCAGUGGCACACUCUCAAAGAUCCGGAAGAUGAAAAGAAGGACUAAACAACGCUCUUAUUCUAAGAAACUCCCCGUGCUAUAUAGCUUCACUUUCUUUGAAGAGAUAAUAAAGUCUACGUAUUUGUUAAUAACGUGUUAAAAAUUAUUCCAAGUUAAACAAGUAAGCAUUAAAGGUGUAUUGUAAACCCCGUAUGUUCCAUUAAUCAUCAUCGAAUUGUGAAAUAAUGAUGUGUGUAUUUAACAACGGAACACCCUCUCAAUCAACAUUCUAGCAUAACAACCGUGGUUCCCGUUAAUACAAAUAUCAUUAUCAUAAUCGCAUUACAGGCAAUUUUACUUGCACUUGUUGUCAAAAUUACUGGUACUACGUAUAGUGAUACUUAUUGUUAUGUUAUAACGUUAGUGGUUUUUUUGGCUUCGCCAACGACCAUUUACUGUAUUAUCCUCAAUCCCGAAAUGGCUUAAUUUAUGUUGUUUGUCUUUUAGAAACUUGAUCGUUACCUUUUUAUUGUCGUUGUGAUUGUUACAGUAUUUGUUAAUAUCUAUAGCUUGUAAAUUUAGUUAAGGCAUCAUCGAUCAUUUCAAUGUUGCAGUUUAGAAAUGCCUUCGUUUUGAGACUUCCAAUUCACAAAUUCUUAAUAAUCUUAACAACUUUAUUGAAUAGCAACAUUAUUAAUGGCUAACUCGUCAAUGUUAACAGUGAUAUUUAGAGUUUAGUCAUUAGCAUUUUGAUAACGAAAUGGAAUUCAUAAAUAUAUAGAUUUUUGCAAUUAUAGUCCUAUGGCACGCACACGGUGCUUGUAUUUUUAAUAAUCUAGAUAAGCCCUUCUAAUUUUUAGCAAUUUUUGGCCCUUUCUAAACUGCAACCAGACAUUUUAUAGAUAAGUAGGUAAUUUAUAGGCACUGUUAACAAUUUCGGGGUGAAUAUUUCCGCGUAUUUACCCUGCACUUGUACACUUUGGUCAUAUUUUAAGAAAACCAUUGUAGUAUUUUAAUUUUUACAAACAAAAUCGUAUCAGGUAGCAUCAAAGUUAGGAAAUUAGGUGAAAGGAACACAGAGAUUACCAAGUAUCGUACACUAACCGAGUGUCAUAUCCAUAACGUGUAAGAGCACCCAACGUGUAAAGAUGUAAGUUUAUCCGGAUAUAGAACAUAUGACAAUAGAUAUUAUCGAUAGCUUAUAGAAGUUAAAGGCCAUCUUUAACAUAAGAUAAUCUGUAUAAAUUGAUCGGGUUUGUCUUUUGCGAAAUAUACGGUGGUAUUUUUGCAAAGGACACUAAUCAUUAGGUACAGCGAUUUAGAAACUUUAGAUUUUUAAAUAACAGAUUAUUUUUCAAUCGCUUGUAAAUCGUUUUGAAUUUCAUUUAAACUUGCACACAUUUUUUGUUACCAACUUUAAAGACCGAGAACGCUCACUACCAUAUUUUUCAAGCAACCUUUAACUAGAUUAGGGAGCCACAUUGGGUCUUGUAACGGUCUAAAGAAGUGUUCUCUAUUCGUUACCCCAUAUUCAUUUCUACUUUAAUCGCUUUUCUCUAUUGAUAUUAUUCUUCUAAAUACCCUGUAUGUUGUAUAUACUGUCUAUAAAAGAUGUUCAAAUGUUGUGUAUUAUACAAAAUAUAAACGUAUAUUUACAAAUACUUCACAAUACAUUGGAUAACCCUUUCAUUUUAUUUUCGAAUUCAAGUACUACCUAAUUUUAAGUGUUCGUUUCAAAGUACGACGCAUCAGUAGCGUAUUUCAGUUAUUUUUUUAUAACUAUCUGAAAUUCUGCAAUUGGUGUUGAAAGUGAGGCCCUUGAAUGAUUUAAAUAAUGUAGAUUGCACCUGCUUGAAGAUUGGCAAUAUAAUAGGAUGUGUGAAUAAGUAAACAAUGUACGUAAAGUUGUAUAGUUUUAUAGGUUUAGUUAUUAUUAAAAAAAACCAUUAGAUGGCUUUCCUAAUAUCUACCAUAGCACAUUUAUUAUAUCUAAUUUGUAAUGUUAUAAUAAUUGUUAUUAUAAAAGAAAGUAAGUAUGAUAUAUUGUGAAAAAAAUAAUAAAAUGUGACAAACCUG